AUGGGUAAAGCACGACCUGCCAUUUUUGCAGCUUUGGCACUAUCAAUAUGCCCAGCACUCGCGAUUCCAGCGCACGCAGAUUUGGAGAUGCUAGGGGAAAAUGGAAAUCCCCUGCAAAUUUUCAAUAGGCGGGCCGACGACGACUUCGACCCGUGGGAUCUCUCGUCGAUCAAGAAGAUCGCAGCCAUUGGAGACUCGUAUUCAGCGGGGAUUGGAGCUGGCACGCGGAUCAGCGAGGAAGAUGAUCCAAAAGCAAAAGAAUGCAGUCGCUAUGACCAUUCCUAUCCCUACCUGGUCAACAAAGACUCUGCCUUGGGCGAUUCUUCCAAGAGAAAGUUCCAAUUCUUGUCCUGUUCCGGAGCCCUGUCGAAGGAGGUGGAGGAUGAGCAGGUCGGUGAGAUUGAAGAUGGACAAGACGUUAUUAUGCUUUCAGCUGGCGGCAAUGAUGCUGGGCUCGCCGAUAUUCUCAACCAGUGUGUCUUCCAGAUCUUUGCGCCGAAUAAGGUGACUGCAGGCCUUAUGCAGGCCUUCCCAGCCAUCAAAGCCAUUGAAUGGCUCUCCGGGGGCGAUCUCAACAAGUAUGCCCGCAGUUGCGAGGAAACCCUGGCAGACUCACAGAAGACAAUCGAGGACGGGGGCUUUUCAAAGCAACUUGAUUCUCUGCUUAGCAAAACCAAGAAGAAACUCGGCGAUAAAGGUACCAUCUACUAUACAGGAUAUGCCCAAUUCUGGGACGCCGAUAUGUCCGAUGGCGACCAAUGCAGCAAGACCGAUUGGUCUGUCCUCAUGUCGCACAUGGACAAAUGGUCAUUCCAAGAGCCUGUGAAGCUCACCGUGGAUCGACGAAAGAAGAUGAAUGAUUUGGUGUCGCUAGUCAACAAGAAGAUCUCCGAGGCCGUGGAAAGGGCCGGUCCUCAGGUUGUGUUUGUUGAUUACGACUGGUACAUUCGUUCAAGUGGUGGGCAGUUUUGUAAAAAGGGCGUCAAAGAGCCCAAUCCCAGUCGGGAGGGAUUGAAGUUUUACGAGUUGGACAUCAAAAACCCACAGGGAACGAGUCCCUUCAAGAGAGACGGCAGUGACAUUUACGAAGGCACCUUUGAGAACGAUAUCAACCGGUUUGGACUGCUUGCGCGGACUGUCGGCUCGAAGCUCAAGGACGAUGCAUUGCCGGACGAGAAGAUGGGCGAAGAGAAAGACAAGUCGGGCAGAACAAGGGCGACAAAUCCGCUGCCCGAUGGCUAUGGGCGUAUCUUCCACCCGACAAUCUCCGCCCACAAAGACAUCGCCUCAUACCUCGUCUACAACAUCGUCCUGGAAAAUGGCGCCAAACACAAGAAAGAGGCCAAGCCCAAGGAGAUUGACGUGAAGUUUGACUGGACCUGCCCGCUUCACCCGGAAGUCAAGCCUAAAUGCGAGCAGUCGCUUACGUCCGGUGUCUCGUACAAGAUCUUUGCCGACGUCUACGGCGACUUCUGCAAGCAAGUCGACAAGAAGCCAGAGAAGUCGCUGAAUUGGACUGUCGAUUCCAAGGGCAAGAAAAUCUCGGACAAGAAACGAGACCUUGAGGCUCGAACCCCUCCCCGGGCCCCGAUGAUGCCAAGGGCGUCAAGUGGCCAUACCGCUGGAGAAGGAGAAUCUAUGGCAGCAGAGGCUGAAGUCUCGGUGGGCUGCGGCAAAUACAGCUACGAAAUCACCGGCCCAGACAGCCCGGACAAGAAGGACGCCAAGGAUGUGAAACGCAAGUGCUACGAUGUCAAGGAAUGGGGCGACAAAGAGCACAACACAAAUGACAAGAUCCAAAAUAUUUUGAUUGAGCGGAUGUGCGACAAGGUCAAAGACAAGAAACUCAAGGCCGGCGACGAUACCCUCGAACUUGGACUCGAAGAGGGCCAGUAUUACUACAGCAUCAGCUGGAUGGACAACUGCAAGAGCACGGUUGACGAGGUCAACGUGGGAUAUCCGCUUGGCCGGGACGAGAAGAAUAAUUGCUGGUCGCUGCUCCGCUACGCCUACAAGAUGUGUGAGGGCGAAAAUGAUGGGUAUGGAGGGUGGUACGAAGUGGGCUGCUUGAAGUAUGAGUUCGCCGCUCAUGAAGCUGACGCCAGCUUGAAAGAGUUCGGCGAUCCUGCAUGA